UUUUUUUUUUUUUACCUUCCUUUUUUUUGUUUCUCUUUGUACUAUAUAUAUACAAGUGGACAAACCCGAGUUUUACAAUUCUCAUUCUUCAUUACAACAUUAUAUAUUUUGGAUCUCUAUAUUAUCAUUUCAAUAUUUCUCUACCUAAAAAAUUUAUUCUAUUGUUCCUUUAUUUUUCCCAUUUUUAUUAAGAAAAAUGGAAGCAAAAACCCAAAUUAUAAUUCCGAAAAAUGAAGAAAAUAAGCAUUUUCAUGUAUUAGCCGUUGAUGAUAGUAUCAUCGAACGUAAAAUGUUAGAAAAGCUCCUUACCAUCUCUUCCUACCAUGUGACUUGCGUUGAAUCUGGGGAUAAGGCUUUGGAGUAUUUGGGCUUAGUGAAUUGUCAUAAUCCAGUUAUUAAUGAUGAUGGUCAUGUUCUUCAUGAUGAUGAUGAUCAUCAUGAUCAUGUUAAUGAUGAUCAUGAUGAUGGUAAUGAUGAUGAUGAUGUUGAAGUUUCCAUGAUUUGUCCUUCUCUUCCAUUACCUGAUAAUGUUCAUCACCACCACCAACAGGGACAAGGAACAAGAGUGAACUUGAUAAUGACAGACUAUUCCAUGCCAGGAAUAGCUGGUUAUGAUCUACUAAAAAGAGUCAAGGAAUCCUCCUGGAAAGAUGUACCAGUGGUUGUGAUGUCUUCUGAGAAUGUUCCUUCAAGAAUUCACAUGUGUCUAGAAGGAGCAGAGGAAUUCUUGCUAAAACCAGUAAGAUUAUCGGAUUUGAAGAAGUUGCAACCACGUGUCUUCAAAGCUACACCAAGUACAAGUUCUGAAAAUGAAGAAAAUAAUAAAAAGACCAACUUUUUAGCACCAAAUGACAAUAAAAUUUCCAAGGAAGAAAUUAUAAAAAUUAUUGCUGAUCAUCGUGAAGAUUACACCACCAAUUCCAUUGAAGAUGAAACCAAUAAAAUUAGCUAUGAAAUAGAGAAAUUUGUUGAAAUAUCCAAGAUGAACUUGUAAUGUGAAUAAAUCUAUCUUAAUUUAGGCAUAGUUUAUGAAAUUAAAGAAAUGUUGCACCCUCUUAGCCAGUUUGAUAUAGAUGAACCUAACGAAAACUUUGUUUAAAUAGAUGAUUUCGAAUCUUCUUACCCUCUUUUUUGAUUAGCAAUCUUAUACUUGACAAUAUGAAUUGAAUAGCGAGAUCAGUCAUUGGCUACAUUUUCUGUAAAGUCGAGUCAUAAAUCCUUAAUUCCCUAUGGUACAAGUGCACGAAUUAGAGUUAGAUGAUUUUUUUCCCCUCGAAUAUAUGCUUGUAUGAGCCUUGGACCUCUAGAGAUUGUCUUCUUGUUGUAGCUUGUAAGUAGUUUGGAGUGUUAAAAUCAUGCUGUUAAGAAUUCAAGCAAUGUAGUGUAUAUUUCUAAGAAAUUUUGACUUACAUAUUUUGAUGGAUCUUA